AUGCCUCACGAGAAGCCCUUCUCCUGGACGGACAGAUCCGGCAAUGUAUAUCGCUACUAUAGAAACCCUAUGCUAAUGGCUUGUGUCUUCAUCCUUAUGCAGGAGUUCUGUGAGCGUCUAGCUUUUUACGGUGUAACACCGAAUUUGCAACUUUUCCUCAAGAGCUAUCUGGGAUACUCUGAUACUACCGCCGACUCCUACGUAUCCAUAUUCAAUGCUGUAUUGUAUAUUACUCCUCUUCUUGGUGGUAUUCUAGCUGAUACUCUCUUCGGUGUCUACAACGUCAUUCUGGGAUUUUCCAUAGUGUAUAUGAUCGGUCUGGCUCUGCUUACACUCUCCUCGAUAAGGUCAAUCAGCGAAGCCUGGAUGAUACAUCUGUCGUUGUUGGUUCUCAUCACACUCGGUGCUGGUGGCAUUAAGGCGUGUGUAAACGUGAUGGGAGCACAGCAAAUGCACCCAGAUGAACACCAAGAGAUGAUAACACGAUUUUUUACCUAUUUUUAUGCCUCAAUUAACCUUGGCUCGAUCGUAGGCGGUGUCGUGACUCCUAUCCUGCUGCAAGAGGUCAGCUACACUGCCAGUUUCCUAUUCCCUCUGGCAUUUUUUGUGGUUGCUACCAUUGUAUUUGUCGUUGGUGACUUCAUGAAUCGUUACGUUAAAGCUAAGCCUCAGGGCUCGGCUGUGUUGAAGGUCGGUGAAGUGGCCGUCUACUCUGCUGCGAAAUGUUCCCUUGAGAAGAACAAGAGGAGUAAAGGAGGCAAAUUCGGAGACGAGUUCAUUGAGGACGCAAAGGUGUUCUUUAGACUCCUCCCGUUGUUUACUCUCACUGUGCCAUUCAAUAUGGUGUAUAACAACAUGGCAACAACUUUUCUAACUCAGGGAUUCAAAAUGGAUACCAAUACGUUCGGUUGGAACAUGCCCGCCGCCAUCAUGCAAAAUGUCGAUGCUAUCGCUGUCGUUGUGAUAUCAAUAGUCGUUGACAAACUGCUGUAUCCUGCCCUGAGAAAGCGAGGGCUUAUGCCUCCCGUUCUGGUUCGUUAUUGCAUCGGCUCAUUGCUCGCUGCGCUGUCUUUAGUCGCCGCAGUAAUUGUAGAAUAUGUGGUCUCCAGUAAUUCCCUGUACACAGUAUCUAUUUGGUGGCAAAUUCCCCAGUUCUCACUUAUUGCCGCCGGUGAGAUUUUCCUGGUCUCGACAAGCUACGAGGUUGCCUUUACACAUGCUCCGCCCGAGCUUAAGAACGUGGCUUCCGCCGUUAAUCUUUGCUUUACCGCUAUCGCCAACGGUCUUUCCGCCGCCUUGUUCCAAGUAGCAUCACCAUGGUUGCCAAACUUCGAACCAGGCAGCGCCGUGGCUGCGCCCUCUCAUUACGAUUACUACUACUAUGUGCUUAUAGCUCUUUGUCUAGUUGGUGUCGGAGGUGCCCUAGCAUGCAUCCCAUACUAUAAAAAGGUGCAUGCUGAGGCGAUGGCCCGGCAGAAUGUGGAAGUCAGUGAGAAAGGCUCCCCUUGAGAUUCGUGAUUGUAUAGUUCGUCAUUGAUUAUCAAGUCCUUUGUCAGGGUUGGUCGCUGUUAUUCGUGUCUCGAACUAUAUCAGUCAACUUCCUUGUCAGUUCUGGAAAGUAGUCUUCAAGUAGAAU